UGAAAGUCCGGCUCUAAUCCACCCGGCCGGCUCCUCCAUGCAGCCUUCGAGCAGGAAAUCUGAGAUUGGGAACAUCUUAUAGUUUGGCUUGUCAUCCAUGGUCAUGCGGUGGGCCCGAAAUAAACUCCCUGCUUCAAAUGAGCACGUCACAGAGCUGCCUGGCACAGCAGCCAGAAGCGCCAGGCCCGGGCAGAGGGACAGCACCCAGAGCCUGUUCUGAAUCCACACGCUCAGGGACAUUCUCGUCGUUGCCCCUGGCUCGGUCGAGUCCCUGUUUCCAAGCCUAACAGGCUCACCUGGCAGCCAGCUUCCUGGACGGCCUCUGGCUAGGGCAACUUUGGAGAGACCCCGAAACUCCUGGAAUUGAUCUAGAGAUAGCACGUAUGCAUGUGUACUGUACACAGUCACCCUUCAUCUGUGAGACAUCGGGUCCAGGACCCCCCGGAUGUCCAAAUCUGAGGAUGACCAAGUCUCUGCUGUGAAAGGUCAGGGCGUCUGCACAGGACCUGUGCGUGUCCUCUGGAUACUUUGCACCAUCUCCAGAUGACUUACGAUAUCACAUUCGGUGUAAAUGCGGGGCGAAUAGUUGCUGUGCUGUCCCUUGCAGAACAGUACCAGGGAAAAGGUCGGUGCUCAGCGUCACAGAAGCAGGAAUUUUUCCUGAUUAUUUCUGACCCUUGGUGGCUCAAACACGUGGAUACAGAACCCACAGAUACAGAGGAGGACUGAAUAUACACAUUCAUACAUAUUAUAUAAGGAAUUAGGUUAUAUGAAGAUGGUUCCAGCUGCAAACAUAUGCAAGAGCAUCCGUUACCAUACAGACACCUGUGUAUACACUACGCGUACCUCUUCAGUCUUCGAUUUGACUCCAGCCUUCACUUAAAUCUUAAAAAACAGCAGGAAGCUGCUGUUAGUUAGACGAGAGCUUGGUGUGACGUCAGGGGCGGCCUCCAGGCUCCUCCCUGCCACCUUCUCCCUGGGCGUGCCUCAGUUUCCCCAUCUGCAGGAUGGGAGCAACAACACCUUCUCACGGAUCCAUGGUGUGAGCAGGGUUCUCCGAUUUGCUGAGUCCUCUCCCUGUGGAGUCUCCUCUGGAGGCCGGUGAGGGUGGAGGAUGGCGACCGAGAUCAGCGCUCCGGGCGGGCAGCGUGCCAUCGGGAAUGAGGAGUACAGCCUGUACAGUAGCCUGAGCGAGGAGGAGCUGGUGCAGAUGGCCAUCGAGCAGAGUCUGGCCGACAAGACGCGGGGCCCAACCCCUGCGGAGGCCACCGUGUCCUCACGUGCCAACCACCAGCCUGCCCAUUUCUACCCGUGGACCAGGUCCUCAGCGCCUCCCGAGAGCCCCCCGGCCCGGGCCCCCAUGGGUCUGUUCCAAGGGGUCAUGCAGAAAUACAACAGCCUCAAGACCUCCCAGCUGGCGCCUGAGGACCCCGUGCUGAAGGCCAUCAGAGAAGGCGACGAGGAGGGCUUGCAGGCCAUGAUCAAGGACGGGAAGAACCUGGCGGAGCCCAACAAGGAGGGCUGGCUGCCGCUGCACGAGGCUGCCUACUACGGCCAGCUGGGCUGCCUGAAGGUCCUGCAGCGAGCGUACCCCGGGGCCCUGGACCAGCGCACCCUGCAGGAGGAGACGGCCCUGUACCUGGCCACGUGCAGGGCACACCUGGACUGCGUGCUCUCGCUGCUCCAGGCCGGGGCAGAGCCUGACAUUUCCAACAAGUCCCGAGAGACGCCGCUCUACAAAGCCUGUGAGCGCAAGAACGCAGAGGCCGUGAGGAUCCUGGUGCGGCACAACGCAGACACCAACCACCGCUGCAACCGCGGCUGGACGGCGCUGCACGAGUCGGUCUCCCGCAACGACCUGGAGGUCAUGGAGAUCCUGGUGGGCGGAGGGGCCAAGGUGGAGUCCAAGAACGCCUACGGCAUCACCCCGCUGUUCGUGGCCGCACAGAGUGGGCAGCUGGAGGCCCUGAGGUUCCUGGCCAAGCACGGCGCUGACAUCAACACGCAGGCAAGUGACAGCGCGUCGGCCCUGUACGAGGCCUGCAAGAACGAGCACGAGGAGGUGGUGGAGUUCCUGCUGUCCCAGGGCGCCGACGCCAACAAGGCCAACAAGGACGGGCUGCUCCCGCUGCACAUCGCCGCCAAGAAGGGCAGCUACAGAAUCGUGCAAAUGCUGCUGCCAGUGACAAGCCGAACGCGCGUGCGCCGGAGCGGCAUCAGCCCGCUGCACCUGGCGGCAGAGCGAAACCACGACGUGGUGCUGGAGGCUUUGCUGGAUGCGCGCUUCGACGUGAACGCGCCGCUGGCGCCCGAGCGCGCGCGCCUCUAUGAGGACCGACGCAGCUCCGCGCUCUACUUCGCGGUGGUCAACAAUAACGUGUAUGCCACCGAGCUGCUGCUGCUGGCCGGCGCCGACCCCAACCGCGACAUCAUCAACCCACUGCUGGUGGCCAUCCGCCACGGCUGCCUGCGCACCAUGCAGCUGCUGCUGGACCACGGUGCCAACAUCGACGCCUACAUCACCACGCACCCCACCGCCUUCCCCGCCACCAUCAUGUUCGCCAUGAAGUGCCUGUCGCUGCUCAAGUUCCUCAUGGACCUCGGUUGCAAUGGCGAGCCCUGCUUCUCCUGCCUGUACGGCAACGGGCCGCACCCGCCCGCCCCUGCGCGCUCUGGCAGGUUCUACGAGGCGCCCACGGACAAGGAGCCCAGCGUGGUCCAGUUCUGCGAGGUCCUGUCUGCGCCCGAGGUGAGCCGCUGGGCGGGGCCCAUCAUCGACGUCCUCCUGGACUACGUGGGCAACGUGCAGCUCUGCUCCCGGCUGAAGGAGCACAUCGACAGCUUCGAGGACUGGGCCAUCAUCAAGGAGAAGGCAGAACCCCCAAGACCUCUGGCUCACCUUUGCCGGCUGCGGGUUCGAAAGGCUAUUGGCAAGUACCGUAUCAGACUCCUGGACACGUUGCCGCUCCCCGGAAGGCUGAUCAGAUACCUGAAGUACGAGAACACACAGUAACGGGCCUGCGAGGCAGGAGUGGCCCCUCACACGUUUUCUCCAAGUCUCAGGACAGUGGUGACCCCACAUCCAGGGGCAUCUGGGGCAGGACAAGGCUGCAGGCUGCCUCCCUCUCGGCUGGGGCAGUGACUGUGACUGCCGGGUCUGUGCCCAAGCUUGGCCCAGAGCAGAGAGCACAGUACCCGAGUCAGAGAAGAAUCAUUUGUCUCCAAACUGUUGAGUAGAGCCCAGACCUUCUCUGCCAUCGGCCAUGAGUGGCAGACUCCGUCCUGGAAGCAGGAUAGAACCUGAGGUGGUCUGGGGAAGGCGGGGGUCCCGGGAGCCCCCGGUCUCCACCUGGACUGUGCUGGAGGACUCCUAGGCACAAGUUUGCCUCUCUGGGAUGGGAUGACCUCGCUUCAGAGCAUUCCCCAUGCCCCCACACACUCUGUGAAACCCCCCAUUUGACCUUAGCCUCUGACCUUUCUCCCUUAGGGGCCAGGACCAGGGUGGGGGACCCUCGGUCUGGAGGGCUUCACUGAGUACAAUAAACACUGCACAUUUGA